UGACGCUUUUUUUUUAACAUAAAUAUAACAAUUAUAAAGAACUGUAAAUAAAAUAAAAUAAAAAGUCCAUGCCAAAAUUCGUUCUUCUUUCUUCCCUCGCCGACUCAAAGCUUCCAAUUCCGCAACAACAAAAGUAGACAGAGCAUUCUCUCAACAAAAACAAAAGCAGCCAUGAAACUGAGAGUGAGAUCCAUAGAAACCAAAGAGACCCUCCGAGUCGAGGUCCCCAAUCUCUGCUCUCUCCACCAGCUCAAGCAAACCAUCUCCCAAUUGAUCUCAGCCUCUUCUUCCUCUCUCCGACUCUCCCUCAACCGACGCGACGAGCUCCACGCGUCCUCUCCUGACGACUCGCUUCACUCCCUCGGCCUCACCUCCGGUGAUCUUAUCUUCUACACCCUCGACCCCUCCUCCCAAACCCUAGCUCCACCUCCGCAUUCAAUUUCACAUUCGUCCGUACAAUCCCAUAAUCAAAUCCUCACCACUAGUGUGCCUCAAGGUUCGAAUUUCCAAAACCCUGAAACCCUAAUUGGCGAAGGGUCUGCCGCGGGUGAUUCGAUUGCUGAAGAACAGAGGUCUCUGGUUUCGAAUUCGGAAACCCUAGUGGCUUCUGGUCCUGAAAGCAUGGAAAUUGAUGAUGGGUCUGAUGGGAUAGGGUUGAAAAAGUACUCGGUGCCCUUUUUCUUGAAGAGGGUACUGAGGGAGGAGUUGGGAGAAGACCGUAGCAAUCACAAGCUAUUGGUGAUUGCUGUUCAUGCUGCGGUCCUGGAGUCCGGUUUCGUCGGGUUCGAUUCCGUUUCGGGUAUGGGGGCCAAUCGGUUUCAUCUCGCUGAUGAAUGGCCAAGGACAGCUAUCACGAUGUCGCUUUCCUAUACUUUGCCUGAGAUUCUGAAAAAUCGUGGCAAUAAUGGUAAUGGGGUUGAAGGGGUUAUGAUGAAAUUUCAGAGCUUGGGGCGUUUUGUUAAUGUUUAUGGGUCUUUGGCCAGUGGUGGUGCUGGGCCUUAUCGGGUAUGUUUGGACGAACGCAGAUUUGCCCCCAUCAUUGAAUCUGUUUGGGAAAACAGGAAUGUGAAUGAGAGAGAUGGGUUAGUCUCAGAAAGAGAGGUUCUUGAGUUUUGGAAGAUUGUGAAGGAUGGGAUCACAUUGCCAUUGCUGAUUGAUCUUUGCGCAAAGGCCGGUUUGCCCUCCCCACCGAGCCUGAUGCGCCUUCCACCGGAGCUCAAAAUGAAGAUUUUGGAGCCACUUUCUGGUGUGGACAUUGCCAAAGUGGGUGGUGUUUGUAAGGAGCUGCGAAAUCUUGCUAAUAAUGAUGAGUUGUGGAAGAAGAAGUAUGCUGAGGAGUUUGGUAGUGGUACUGGAGGAGAAGGAACAAUGAUUAACUGGAAGCAUAAGUUUGCUAGAAAUUGGGAGAUUGCGGAGCAACAAAGGAAGGCAGUAGGGUAUUGGAGAUCAUAUGAGAGGCCUUAUUUCAACCGUAUCAGGAGGGACCCUAACCCAUUGUUUGUACCUCCAGUUACUGGUAUAAUUGGUGGAGAUUAUGACCGCUUUCCGGUCUUUGGUGCCCUUAAUCCUACUGGACAACCACACCCUAUUCUACAACCACCCAGUCGGUUUCCAGCACGCCGUAAUUUCUCACCAAAUUGCAAUCUGGAAGGGUUCCUUGGCUAAUAUGAUGCCUUGGAACUGAAGCUGCAGGUUCAUGUUUCGUAUGCAUAGUAUAUAUAAUAAGCAUCUUGGUGGAUAUCCAGCUAGAAUUAAAGACCGAAUCAUCAUCAGUCAUAGCUGGUUUUUGUUUCUGUUUAUGUGUAUAUUGUUGUUACUUGUGUUUAUGGCCUUUUGGCUUUUGGAGAUAAUUUAAAGUUGAUUUCGUAGUUUUGGUGUGA